AUGGGAAAUCAGCAGUUUGAAGCUAAUGAGUCUUAAACAAACAUUUCAUAAUAUUAUCAAAAAAUGCUCAAUUAAAAUAAAGAAAACAUUCCAUAUUAAUAUCAGAACACUCCAAAAUUGUUAAGUGCAGAAAGUCGAAAUAAAUUAAGACCAACAUCGAAAAUAAAUUUAGAUAUGAAAUUAUCUUCGAAAUCUUCUGAAAAAUAGUUAAAUGGAGUAUAACAAGUAUGAUUUUAUGAUAAAAAUAAGAAAAUGUUUUAAGAAACUCCGAUAGUAAGAAAUCCAUUAGAUAAAUUACAUAGAAAGAGAAGUAGUACAAAAAUAGUUUAAGAGAAUGAUGAAUCUCAUAUUUAACUAUUAGAUCUUUUAAAGAAUAUGGUUAGACAUUAGGAUUCAACAAUGUAAAGUAGUUAAAUUAAGGUUACUGAAUAAUCAUGUUAAGAGAAUGAAAAAAAGAGAGUAUAGAAUGAUUAGGAUAAUUAUUUAAAAGUAUAAAUGGAAGAUAGACCAUUAUAAUAACAAUAGUAUAAUAGAAGAAGAUCUAAAACAUUUGAAGAGUCAUUUAGAACAUUAAUAUCAAAUGAAGAUAGAUGUUAACCUUUAAGAUAGAAUGGAGGAGAAAGUAAAGAAGAAGAAGCACUUUAAUUUAUAUUAUAGAAUUGUACUUAGACUCAAUCAAGAAUAGACUAAUAAAUAUCAAAUAGUAUUACAUUUGAGUCUUUAGAAAGUGAUUGGUAAGCAUUAACUAAAAAGAAUUCAAAAUAGUUAGAAACUCCAGGAACUGCUUAAUUUUAAGGAUUAAAUAGAGAUGAUAAAAUAUUUGAAUUAUCUACUUCUAAUUUUAUUGAAUAAAACAAUGAAGAAUAUAUAGGUUCUAGAAGACCAUCUUGUCUGGAAUCUACUUUUUUAAUUCCAAUGGUAUUACAUUCAUAAAAUAGUUUGGAAUAUGAUGAUACUAAGGGUAUUUAUUAGAAUACUAAACCUACUUAACCAUAUGAAUAUAAGAAAAGUCCAAAAAUGAAUGGAUUGUUUUCUUAAUAAUAAUUAAAUAAAUAAGAUUGUAAAAUUAAUUCAACAAGUAGAAAUUUAGUUUAACCAUUAAAAAAGAUAAUAUAAACUUAAGCAUUAGGAUUACCUAAUAAGGCUCCAUUGAAACAUAAAUCUUUUCAUUAAUAAUCUGAUAAUGCUCUUUCAUUACCUUUAUAGAUGAUUAAUUCUAAGGGAAAUAUUGGCUUUAAAUAAAAUUAUAGUUUUGUUUAGAAUGUACCAUAAUCAUCAUUGUCUUAAAAAAAUGGAAGGAAUUAAUAUGAAUCAAGAGGAGGAUUUAAGACAAAAGUAUCAGUAAUUCAUCCUGAAGAAUAAUGGUUAAAUAAUUCAAAAUUGGAAUAUAAGAAAAUAAUGUUAAUAUUAGAUGAUUAAUAAUAAUAGAUAUAGAAUUUUAGUAUAUAAAAUAAAAGUGAGAUGAUUUCAAAUACUUUUAAUAGUUCAGAUAUAAAUUGUUCAUAAAGAUUUUAAUUAGAUGAUUUGAGUUAUAAAUUAAGACCAAAUUUUGAAGAUAAGAAUACAUAAACAUAAUUAAAAGAUUUAUAAAAGAAUUUUAUAGAAAGAUUAUCUUAGCCAAAAAGUAAAUGUAGUUAAAGAGCAAGUGAAAAUAAUCCUUAUUGGAAAUUAAGAGAAUUAGAUUAAUCAAAGAGAUCAAAAAGGAAAUGA